GCAGGUCUGCAGAAUUCUGCAAGGCAAGAAAAGGAGGAGAAACCUGUCUAGAAUCAUUGAAGACAGGAACAAGAAAGAUAUCAUCAGAACAUGGAAAAACUCUACAAUGAAAAUGAAGGAAAACUGGAAAGCGAAAACGAGGGAAAGGCAGAUGAUGAAGUAGAGCCUGAAGAUGAAGGAAAGUCAGAGGAGGAUGAAAUGCCACACAUAAAGAGGAAUCCCGAACACAGAAAGCGCCAGGCCGAAGGGCAAGCAGAAGCAGAGGAUGAGGGACAACCAGAUGAGGAAAAACAAGAAAAGCAGGGCAAGUUGAAAGAUGAGGGAAAAGCCCAGGAAGAGGGUCAGCUAGAGUCCCAGGGCAAGCCAGAGAGUGAGCCCAAGGCUGCGGAAAAGCGCCCAGCUGAAGAUUAUGUGCCCCGGAAAGCAAAAAGGAAAACCGACAGGGGGACAGAGGAUUCCCCCAAAGACUGUCAGGAGAACCUUCAGGAGAGGCAUUUGGGCAGUGAGGAGAUGGUGAGAGAAUGUGGAGAUAUGUCAAGGGCUCAGGAAGAGCUAAGGAAAAAGCAGAAAAUGGGAGGUUUCCACUGGAUGCAAAGAGAUGUGCAGGAUCAGUUUGCCCCAAGGGGCCAACGUGGUGUCAGGGGAGUGAGGGGCGGAGGUCGGGGCCAGAAGGGCUUACAUGAUAUUCCUUAUCUUUAAAGCCUGUGCCCUGGAAUUCUGAUUUCUCUGAUGAGAAUCCUGCUGCCCUUGCUUUCCCUGGCAGGCAUUUGCCUUGCCAGUCUAUGUGCUUUAACCUUAAGCUGAUACUUUGCUUUAGGUGUCACUCUUGUUACCAGCAGCCUUUUGACCCAGCUAGAGUGCUCUGUCUUUCUGUAGGGUGAACUCACCUAAGUGCAUGGAAGUUUAUGGUAUAUUGUUAAAUAAUUUUUAAAAAUCUGAUUUCAGAACUCCAUGUAUGGCAUCAGCCCAUUUUUGUAAAAAUAUGUAUUUUUUGCGUAGUGCAUUUGUGUACAUAUAAAACUCUGCUAUUUAGCCCACUCAUCUGAUUAUUUGGUACCUUCAUGCCAUUCAUCUUUAGAUCUGCCUGUCCCCAUGUCCUUCCCAAGUUGUAGUCAUGGAAAUAGACACUACUGUCUUUUCUCCCUGGUCUUCUUCUGGUCUGUGGUUACCACCAUGUGUGAUUGAUUUUUCUCUCACUUAUCUCAAAUUUAUCCUAAAGGAUAUAGAUUAUGCUUGUAACAGUAUAAAAUAAAAUCAGAAAGCAAUGCACAUUGA